UACCCUCCACUCCUUCACUCAUUUUCCCAGAGACAUCUUCACAGACAAGUAAACCCGAAACGAAGGACUACAGCCCCAUCGACGACAAGGAAAUCAAUCCAAGAUGAAGGUCAAAGUGCUAUCACGGUCAUUGGAUAAUUUCAUGCCGAUUGCCCAUGGGGCACCAGCGCCGAUCCACAAGAAUCUAGACCCUACGCUCCACCCACAUUCACGUGCACGAGAGUACACCCGUGCGGUGACGGCAACGAAGUUGAACCGGAUGUUUGCGAAGCCGUUUGUGGGUCAACUGGAUGGCCAUCGAGACAGCGUAUACACGAUGGCCAAGGAUCCGCUCAAGUUAACUCAAGUCGCUUCUGGCUCAGGAGAUGGGGACGUCAGGGUGUGGGAUCUGGCUAAUCGGAUCUCGACGAUCAGCCUGAAGGACGCACACAAAGGCAAAGUGACCGGCCUGACGUUUCUUCCUAACCGGUACAUCGGCGAAGGCCGUUCGAAGACCUACGACCAAUCACAAGCCUCCUCUUCAAAGCGCCUCUCAUUACUCGAUCCUAGUGGCUUAUUGGAUGAGGAGGAAGGAAUCAAUGAAGAUAUUCUGGCAGACCUGAAGGAAAAUGAAGAACUACAUGAAGCAGAAGAACGUACGAGCAGGCUGGGGAGUAGGAAACUAUUGAGCUGUGGGAUCGACAAGGUGGUCAAGAUGUGGGACAUCGGUCCAGGUGCCAACUUCGAAUCCGAACAGGAUCGAUUGGUGAUGACUUAUCAAGGAAAGCAUGGUUUUAACUCUAUCGAUCACCAUCGCCAUCAACCUUUAUUCGUCACCGCCAGCGAUAGGAUUCAGCUAUGGGAUGUCACUAAAUCCUCACCUCUGUCCGAUGUGUCCUGGAAUUCUUCUCGAGCCGAGGGAAGCACAUCUAAGUCCAGCGACAAUUACUCGGGAGAACAAAUAGCAUGUGUGACAUUUUCACCCUCCGAGACGAGCGUGCUAGCCUCCUCGGGCUCCUCCUCGAAUCGGGCGAUCACCCUCUACGAUCUAAGGUCGAAUAAGUCAUUGGGUCAACUGAUCAUGAAGAUGCGAGUCAACUGUCUGAAGUUCAACCCCCAGCAACCUUCAACCUUAUUAGCUGGCGGCGAAGAUCAUCAGCUGUACACUUUUGAUAUCAGAUACAUGGGUUCUGCGACUCAGGUUUUCAAGGACCAUGUUGGACCUGUGAUGUCAUGUGACUGGUCGCCAACCGGCCGAGGAUUUGUGUCUGGCUCAUAUGAUAGAACCUUAAGACUAUGGUCGACGUCAGACACGACUCUGCACAAAAAGGGACGCUCGACAGAUGUUUACCACACCAAGCGGAUGCAGCGGAUCUUUGCUUCUCUCUACAGUUGUGAUAGCCAGUACGUCCUCAGCGGUAGUGAUGACGGGGCGGUCCGGAUCUGGAAGGCCGGCGCUUCUGAGCCGGUUGGCGUUAAAAGUGGCCGCGAGCUUGCCGCGAAAGAGUACCGGGAUCAGCUCAGACAGAAAUGGUCUAGCAUCGACACUGUCUCUAAAAUUGAGAGACAAAGAUAUCUACCUAAGCCGAUCUACCAUGCUCAAAAGCUGCGGACAGAGAUGCUCGAAGCACGUGCGAAAAAGGAAGACAAUCGUCAAGCUCAUUCCUCGAGCAAAAAACGUAAAAAUCUGGCGUCUUCUGAUCGUGAAAAUGAUAAGAAAAAAGCCAAAUCUGGCAAACCAAAAGUCAUCAAUGAACGCAAGAAAGGCUUGUUGGCUAUCCAAGAAUGAUGAUCUGCCUCUUCCUCCCCGGUUGCUCUCCCUCUCUUAAUCCCCCUCACUCGAGUCUUUUUUGGCAAGAUUUUGUUUUUGUCUUGUCAGGGACAGAUUAGGUGUACCCUGGCUUUCUAUGGCUUGCUUUUGUUUCUUGUGAAUUUGUUUGUAAUUGUAAUACCCCUCAAGAUAAAAACAUGCUUACAGAUCUUUGAAUAAAUAAUAUAAGAACAAAUCACAUGUGGAACCGAAGAAGAACAGAUCUCGCUGUAUUA